AUGAGUGAACCUCCAAAGCCCGUCACGAUCAAGAUAUCACUGCAAUUAGAUAACAAGACAAAGGAUAUUGAAAAACAAGUAAUGAAGUCGACGAAGAUCUCCGAUAUAUUAGCUCAAAUUCGCGGCGGUCUCAACACAGAGCAAAAAGCGUAUGAAUUUUCGUGCUUCAACGAUGGGAUUAAACUUGUUGAGACGAACACACUUGACUUUUAUGGUAUUGGGGAUAACGACACGAUCGAAGUGAAAGGAUUGAAUAAACCGUUGGCUAUGGCGCGACUUUCACGUGUAGUUCCCCACGAGAAAGAUUAUCAGCAAAUCUACUUGAACUCCGACAAGGUUGGGUUUUUACUCAAAAAGAAAUUAUCGACUGUUUCGGGGUGGAAACGCCGGUGGGUUGUUCUUUGUCGUGGGUUCUUGUUUUACUAUAACAAUCCGAAAGACGAGAUCCCCAUCGGGAAGAUGCAAAUUAAAGAAGAUUGUAUUAAUUUCCUUGGCAGUGAUUCUGAAAAGCAAUUUGUGUUCUCGUACGAGAACAAACCCGCUUUAUAUCACUUUGCUUGUGAAAGUGAAGAAGAGUAUUUGUCGUGGAAAAAGUGUUUAGUCGAGCAUGAACCCUGUGUAGUCUCUACAGUAGCGAUGAAAAUGAUCCAAGAAUCCACCGACUUCUCUGUUGUACUUGUGAAUAAGAAAACAAAGGCUUGGUUAAUGAUGAACUCGGGGACUGUCUUUUGCUUCGACUCUCCCGCGGAGAGUGAAAGCUUGUUUGAAUUUUAUAUCCACGAGUCCAAAGUGUUAACCAUAGCGGCGGAGAAAGAGUUCACUUUUGUUCAUUUGAAUAAUCAGCGAUCAGUCAAAUUUUCAACACUCAAGGAAUAUGAGAAGUGGAAGAAGAUGUUGAGCGAUAUGAUCAAGAUGAUGGGGAGAGAGAUGUACACCGACUCGUUCAUUACGGACGAGUACAAAGAUCGUAAAAACAUCGUCAAAGAGGGGUUUCUUCUGAAAGAGAAGUUGAAGAAGAUGCAAACAAGAAAGAAGCGAUGGUGUGUUUUAACGCGAAACAAGUUGUUUUACUUCGACCAGAAGCCUGAUGGGAAAGACAAGAAUGUGCCAUUUGGGUGCUUCGAUUUGUUGUUAGCACGAGUUGAAUUGACGAAAGGACCGAAGGGCGAUGAGUACUUGGAGAUCAGGACAAGUGAAGGAGAGUAUCAAUUCACGUCACAAGACCCUAAAGAACUCGAGACUUGGGCAGACUUAAUUCAAAGAGAGUGCACUGGUGCGCCUACAAAUGUCCAACACUUGCAACAUGUCACCUUUGACUUGGAGUGGGACACAUCGGGGAGUGAUCCAAACGAAAUUUUCUGUUUAAAAGAAGUGUUGGGAACCGGCAGUUUUGGUACGGUGUAUCGAGCCGUCCACCGACAGUCCAACUUUGAAAUGGCGAUUAAGAUAUUGACAGUAGAGAAGCAGCAGACGGACGCAUUAAAGAGUGAAAUAGAUAUUUUGAAAAAGUGCCGAUCAUCGAAUGUUGUGAGUUACUAUGGGACGAUCAAAAUUGACGAAAAGACUCUCUGGAUUUUAAUGGAUUUGUGUGCGGUAGGGAGUGUGAAGGAUUUGAUGAAGAAGACGAUGGAGAAUUUAAAUGAGGAUCAAAUGCGGUAUGUCUUGAAUGAAACACUGAAAGGGUUGGUCUAUUUGCAUAGUAUUAAAAUCAUCCACCACGAUAUUAAAGCGGGUAAUAUCUUGUUGUCUUUGGAUGGAAAAGUCAAAUUGGCUGAUUUUGGUGUGUCACAACAAUACAAAGAUAACGAGGACAAGAAGGCAGACGACUUCAUUGGAAGCCCUUUAUUCAUGUCACCUGAAGUGAUUAAAAAAUCAUUCUACGAUAAUAAGACGGACAUUUGGUCACUUGGAAUUACUGUCAUUGAAAUGGCUGAAGGUAAUCCACCUAACCGACAAGUCGCUUCUUUCGACCAAUUGUUGCAAUGUAUUGAACAAAAAAUACCGGGAUUUAAAAACCCUAAAAUGUGGAGCUCACAACUUGUCGACUUUGUGGGGAAGUGUUUGACAUUCGACUACACACAACGGCCAGACGCAGUCACUCUCUUGUGGCAUCCAUUUAUCACAUCCCCUGCGACUCCUGUCGCACAACCACUUAUCGACUUAAUCAAUACGUCGAAGAAAUAA